UAAUAAUAUCGAUGUGCUGGUUGGCUGGAGCCAUUGUCGGUUUCCUGCCCCUCUUCGGGUGGCAUGCAGCGGUGGAUACCAACCAAGCCUGUCUCUUUGUUGAGGUAAUGGAUUACAAUUAUUUGGUGUUCCUGUAUUUUGCAACCAUAAUUACACCCGCUCUGCUGAUGAUGGCAUUCUAUGCCCAUAUCUAUAAGGUUAUCAUCAAGCAGGUACGACAAAUUGUCACAAUGAAUCCAAUGGGUGAUACCAGUCGGCGGAGCUCUACUGCUCAGAUACAUAACAACAAUGGCAGCAGUAUUACUGGUCGUGGUCCAUGUCAUGGUGGUACUAUGCUGCGUGUGCUGGGAGCAGCACGGAAGCGGGAUGUUAAGGCCACUCAGAAUCUUUCGAUUAUUGUAUUGUUCUUCAUGAUCUGUUGGAUUCCGCUGUAUACAAUAAAUUGUAUACAGGCAUUUUGUCCGACAUGUUCGAUACAUCCCAAAUUGACGCUGUUCUGUAUAAUCUUGUCACAUUUGAAUUCGGCUGUAAAUCCAAUUUUAUAUGCCUAUCAUUUAAAGGAUUUCCGAUUGGCAAUGAAAAAUCUGAUAUUACGAGUUAUGGGUAUUGAGGUGGAGGUGACAUUGGAUGCCCAACAUCGCUACUCAUUGGCCUCACAACAUCGUCUACAAUCGAUGGAUGUUAGCUCGAGAAAUAAUGUUCAGACAAGGAUCUAUAUAGAUUCCCCGAUUUGGUUGCGGCAACAGCAACAAUCCUUGAAAAAUUCCCAAUUGGUGGCUAAAUGUGGUGUAGUAACACCUUGCCUGAAUAAUAUCCACCAAACUGUGGCCGCUGUGGCCUCAGUUACUACGGAUAUCGAACGUGAUAU